AUGCAGACAAGGUAUAUGGAGAGGACUAAUAGUAUGAGAGAAAAGAGGAAAUUGGAAGAUGAUAAUGAGCAGGAGCAGCAGCAGCCUGAGCGUAAAAGGCCAGCUCUUGCAAGUGUAAUUGUGGAAGCCCUUAAGAUGGAUAGUUUACAGAGGCUUUGCUCGUCUUUGGAACCGAUUCUUCGCCGAGUGGUAAGUGAAGAGGUGGAGCGGGCAUUGGCAAAACUUGGCCCUGCAAGACUUAGUGAAAGGUCUUCUCCUAAACGGAUCGAAGGUGUCGGUGGAAGGAAUUUGCAGCUGCAAUUCAGGUCGAGAUUGUCUGUGCCUUUGUUCACUGGAGGGAAGAUAGAAGGGGAACAAGGUGCUGCAAUUCAUGUUGUACUGUUAGAUGUGACAACUGGACAUGUAUUGACAGUAGGACCUGAAGCUUCUGCAAAGCUAGAUGUUGUUGUGCUUGACGGUGAUUUCAACAAUGAAGAUGAUGAAGGUUGGAACGGAGAAGAAUUUGAAAGUCAUUUGGUGAAAGAGCGUCAAGGGAAAAGGCCUCUAUUGACCGGUGACUUGCAGGUGACGUUGAAAGAAGGUGUGGGAACAUUAGGGGAACUUAUUUUUACAGACAACUCGAGUUGGAUAAGAUGCAGAAAAUUCAGAUUGGGUUUAAAGGUCUCUUCUGGUUACUGUGAGGGGAUGCGUGUACGCGAGGCAAAGACAGAAGCUUUUACUGUUAAGGACCAUCGUGGAGAGUUGUACAAGAAACAUUAUCCACCUGCUUUGGAUGAUGAGGUCUGGAGGUUGGAAAAGAUUGGAAAAGACGGGGCUUUCCAUAAGAAACUGAAUAAAGCAGGAAUCUACAAUGUUAAAGAAUUCCUGCGUCUUAUGGUGAAAGACUCUCAGAAACUACGGACUAUUCUUGGAAGUGGUAUGUCUAACAGAAUGUGGGAGACACUAGCAGAGCAUUCCAAGACAUGUGUCUUGAGUGAAAUGCUUUACGUCUACUAUCCCGAAGACUCAGUUGGUGUUGUUUUUAACAACAUUUACGAGUUUAGUGGUCUUAUCUCAGGGAAGCAGUAUUAUCCUGCUGAUUCUCUUUCUGACAACCAAAAGGGUUACGUCGAUGGAUUGGUGAGGAAAGCUUAUGAAAACUGGGAUCAAGUUAUUGAGUAUGACAGCAAGUCACUUAUGAACUUCGAUCAAGUUAACAAAACGGAUACUUUAGAUUACUCUAUGCCAGUUUCGGUUCCAAGCCAACCGUCUACUUCUUAUUCAGAUGUAUCUGUUGAUGCAUCAGUGUACAACCAGAGUCCGGCUUCAAGUUUCCCAGUUCAGUCUCAGCUUGCUGAUACUAGUUCUUACAUUAACUUUGGAAACACUUCAUUUACACCGGAAGACCAGCUAAUUAGCAACCCUCAUGAAUCACAAAACAUGAUCAAUGCCAAUGGCGGUGUGAGAUUGGCGCUGGGUCCACCAUCAGGAACGCAAAACCAACAGUUCGUUCAGCCUCCUCCCGAGAUGAACUCUUUCAACGAUUGGUCAAACACAGGAGACAGAGGAAAUGAUGGGUUUUUAUCAGAGGAAGAGAUUAGAGCUAGAAGUCACGAAAUGCUUGGGACCGAUGAUAUGCAGCAACUGUUGAGACUCUUUAGCAUGAAUGGUGACCAGCAAACUCCAAUGAACAUGCCGGAAGACGGGUUUGGUUUCCACUCUUUUGGUCAAUCUUCAAUGGCUGAUUACGAAGAGGACCGUUCAAACUCGGGUAAGGCUGUUGUUGGUUGGUUAAAGAUCAAAGCAGCCAUGAGAUGGGGCUUCUUCAUUAGAAGGAAAGCUGCUCAGAGACGCGCACAGAUUGUUGAACUCGAUGACGACGACGAAUAG